CUGUCUGCGAGUCCUCCGCUACUCGCAAGUCCGCCGCUCCCUGCGAGUCCACAGCCAUCUCGCACUGCUCUCUGUGGAAGCGAUCAGCUCGCUCUCGAGUAUUUCUUCACACGCACACUGCCAUUUCUGAAUACAUGCCGGCCAACGCCGCUUUGGAAUCAGACUGUCGCCGCGCUUGUGCAGUCUACUGAGACAUUUCGCCACAUUGCAGCUGCGAUUGGUGAGCAGCACCGCGCUCUUUGCGAUCGACGGCUCAGUGAGCACGCCCCGGGCUCGAUUGCACGACUUCCGACUGCUCUUUACGCCAAGGCAAUACUGUCUGUCCGUCGCUCGCUUGACGGCUGGUCAGAUGACAACGCCACAAUCCCCUCUCUGGCUUGUCUUCUCAUGAUCGUUUUAGAGACUGCACGCGAAUCAGGAUCUGGAGCACUUGUCCACUUGAAUUGUGGGAUCCGAUUCGUGUGCAGAAACCGUUUGUACACAACUUCCUUCGACUUACUUGAGGUGGCACGUCUACUUCGAGCAUACGGAGUCAAUGUCAUUCUUCACGAACCCAUCGCGCCCGCCUCAACUGCCAUUCAAAAAUUGCUGCUGGGGACAGACCAGCUUCCCACGGACCAUGAGGAAGUCGAGAACGUUAUAUCAGAGUUCUACAACAUAAUCAUAGAGCUCGUCCCAGUACGUCGCGAACAAGAACUACCUCAUUUCCAAAGCGAGGCAAAGUCAGCAUUCGAAAACAUUUCAACCAUUACGAAAUUACACACUCGUUUUGCCGAAGCCCUCGAUCGACUGGAACAACUCCAAGCAAGCAGGUCAGAGGCAGCGCCUGAAGGCCGCCGCUUGAAAAUACUUCGAGCUCGGAAGAUUCUUUUGCAGCUCGAACUGCAACAUAGCCGGCGGUCGGUGAAGCAGGACAUUCGUGCCAAUAGACUGUAUGCUGAGGCUCUCGAACUCAUUGACGCUUCAUUACAGCAACUAUGCCGCAGCAUCGGCGAUGUUGUGCCACCCUUCCUCUUUGGCGUUGGAUUGCUACCAGGCAUCCGGAGUGUGGCAAUUGAAUGCCGCGACCCGGUAGUCCGGCGCAAGGCUCUGGAGACUUUCCGCCGCUAUCCUGUACAAGAAGGUGUUUGGAACGGUAGGACACAACUUCGCGUGUGUAACACCAUCAUUCGCUUCGAAGACGUCACACCUGGACAGAUGGUGAUUCAUCACCAGCUUGGACCUGAACAUACUGGACUUGGCGAGCCUGAUAGCUUGACCGUCUUCUGCAUCUCGACUGCCAACCCUCCAGAACAUACUGUACAUCAGAUACCGCUUAGUCCAGAAUGA